AGUUAGGAGGAAUGUAGGUGUCUGCCGUCACACAAAUCACAGUCUUAAAGCUAAAAACGAAAGGCCUUUUUCUCCUUGUGCCUCACGGAAGAAAGAAAACUGGGGCUGAAAUGAUACAAGGAUCAGACAGCGCUGGAAGGAAGGUCUGAGGAAAACCCUGUCCACGUUAUUUCUGAGGAGGCUGCUGUCCCACGUGUGAGGGGUGGGGAGAAGAUCAGACCAAACCACAGCUACAGUACACCCUGACUCAGUUACCGAUGCCGUCCUGCCACCCUCUUGACCUCUGUAACAGUACGGAAACUGUAAGCCGUGAUCUGAGCGAGAUUGUUUGUGUUUUUUUCCUCCCCUCCCUCGCGCCGUCAUUCAUACGUGAGCUGAGCGUCUUACCCUCUCUGCAACACUGUUUUUCCAAACCCUGCGUGGAACAACGUGCGAGGUGAACGUCUGCGAGGUAUAACAGUCCACACACCUUCAGAACGUCCUCCUGCUCUUCAGAACUAUAUCAAUCGCGUGAGAGGCCGAGGACACUUUUAAUCUCGAGCAACAUGACGCUCAAAUCACACUGCGCUCAUCAGCACACACCAACAGGAUCUCUAUGGACCAGCAGACACUGCAAAAGACAGCACAGCUCUAAACCGCAGCACAACUACCUUACAAGAACACAUCUGAUGGAGCAGAGGAGACCCAAACCUCACCGCUUCCACUCCUGCCUGAUGUUUCGCCUAAAGGAGCGUGUGAGGAUGGACCACAGCCAGCCUGGAGGAGACGUCCAGGAAAGCACAGAGAGCAGACUCAGGGAACUGGCCCUCAAAUGGUUUACAGAGACCCAGGCGCCUCUGAUCCUCCACAACGGCAACUUCCCCGAAUGGUUCCAGGGAUUUAUCAGCAGAAAGGACGCAGAGGAGCAUCUGAAAGACAAGGAACUGGGCUGUUUCCUCAUUCGGCUCAGUGAUAAAGCCACUGGAUACAUUCUGUCAUAUAAAGGGCGCGAUCGAUGCCGCCACUUUGUCAUCAACCAGAAUAAAGACGGCCGUUUUAUUGUGACGGGCGACACAGAGAUGCAUGAUACUCUCACCAGUCUCAUCGAAUAUUACAAGACCAGACCCAUUGAGCCAUUUGGAGAAUAUCUGACACUCUCGUGUUUUGAGUCAUCCACAAGCGAGCUCUACGAUGUGAUUCAUUUUGACCUGAGGGAGAAGCCAGGAGUGAGUGUUAAAGCUGUGAAGGAUAUUUGGGACGAUCAGAGGAAAAAACCCCACGAGACACUGCAACCUCCCGCCCUGCCGCCCAAAGGACACAGAAACACACCCGCAGUGCCACCAGUGCCAAGAAAGUGUCCUCCUCUGAAAACCUUCUCCUUAGAAGUAAAGCGCAGCCCGGAAAACGUGCUGUACACUCCAAUAGACCUGCAGAAGCCCAAAGAAAGGGCCAGAACGCCCACAGAGGGCAAAGACAUUUCACUUACAGCUUCCCGAGGGGAACCCCGAGCCCCGAGACUACACAAAGGUCCCGCCUCGCACCAAGGGACCAUUUACUCCGAGCUCUUAGUGCACAACUGCAGAAGCCAAUCCCUGCCCUUCCUGGAUGACAGCAGCGAAGAAGAAGGACACUUUAAUAAAAGAAGCCAGCCGCAGAUCUCUUCCCUACACGCAGAGGGAACAGCUCGGCAAUCCAGGCAUCAGCAACAGCCUGGAAGUACUGUGCAAUUCGCCGGUUUAUCAAUUAGCCGGAACACACGGCAGCCAAAACGCGCAGAAAGCGAUGUUACGUACGCCGAGGUGCCUCUCGAACCCGUUUCUAAUCACUUCCCGGUUGACAACACGUACGAGCAGAUUCCCGAUUCACGGCCCGCGGCGAGAGCAGAGGAGACGUCGCACACUAAUACUUACGAAACGCUAACAGACUUAAAACCCAAGCAGAUUUUACCUGCCCGGCCCCUUAAGACUGAGAAAUGGAAAUGGCUCUCCCCCGAAUACUGGAAAAAAUAACCACUUCAGACGAACAUCAUCAUCAUCAUCAUCAUCAUCAUCGCUGACAUGAAUCAUAGCAUUACACUAAUGAAGAACAGGCUACUUCCGAUCACUGAAUACUAGAAUAGCACAGCUUUAUUUUUCACUGCAUUUUUGUAUGUCCAAUUGUGAAACUUUGUUGCGUUUAAAACACUUUUGCGUGUAACAAAAAUAUUUAUUAACUUAAUUAAAAUAUGUAUUAUGUAUUGAUUUCAGCAACAAGCUAUAAUCACAGUAGUUUAUUGAAAAUGUUCUUUUAAGAUAAUUAAUUUCAUGUAUAUGUAAAAAAAAAACAAAAAACAUGCAUACUGCACAAUUUUUGUUUCAUCUCGACUUCAUUGACUGUGAAUUAAUUAAUUAAUUAAUUAAGACACAGAGCGGGAAUUAAGCUGUUAAACUUUACAGCCUUCAAAAUGACAUAACCUGCCAGUAACGGAGACCAUCUUGAUGAGAUUCGGUGCAACUUAUAAAAGAAAUGAUAUAAUCGUG